AUGCGCGACGGGAAGCGGGGGACCUGCCCAGAGGCCAUGAAAAAGACGGCCGCCCAGCUGCUGAACCGCAACGUCGCCACGCUCAUCAGCAACGUGAUGAAGAUGUUUUCGCGGCCCUGCGGGCUCAUGCUCGCCAACGAGACGCUGGUGCAGGCCAUGAAGGAGGGGUCUUAUGAUGCAGUGCUGACAUUUGCGAUGCCGGGCGACGACGCCGACUCAUGCGGCUGCAUCGUCGGCCACCUGCUGCGGCGGCCGCUUGUGUCGCUGCACGCGAUCCCCUUCAUCACGGCGCCGUGGGGCGCGCCGCAGUUUGGGUCGGGCCUCUCUGACGCCGACCUUGAGAGGCUGGGUGGCCGCGCCAAGAACGCCUUUAACUAUUUCCUGACGCGCUUCCUGAAGGGCGUCACCACCACACUGGGCGUCCGCGCGCUCGCAGACGCACGCCGGGCCCUGGGGUUGCCCAAGGGGCCGGCCAGCCGCGGCGGGGGCUGCGCGCCGAUGCUGCAGGCGCGAUGGCCGGCCUGGCACGUGGAGGCGCCUCGGCCAGUCGGGCCGCCGCAGGUGCUCAUCGGCCCCGUCGCCCCCCGCGCCGCCCGCCCCACCCUCGAGCCGCCUUCCGCUGGCUCCUUCGUGGCCUCUGCCACACACGGCGUCGUCGUCGUGUCGUUUGGCAGCGUGCCUCUGUUUGGUAGCUGCCUCACCGGCCAUGACUACAUCGAGCUGACCCAGGCGUUUGCUGACCUGGCGCCAGUCAAGGUGUUGUGGCUGCUCAAGCGCAAGAGCCUGCCGGCGGACGUCGCGUUUGAUGAGCUCCCAUUUGGCAACAACACGCUGCCUCAGGAAUGGGUGGACAACAAUGACCUGCUGGGUCACCCCAACGUGAAGCUGUUUGUCACCCACGGCGGCAUGCACAGCCAGUACGAGGCCGUCUUCCACGGCAAGGUCAACCUGGACCGCCUCAAGGCCCUGGGCAUGGGGGAGGUGCUGACCACCCCCUCGUACGCCGCAGCCGCCGCCCGCAUCGGCGCAGCUGCGCGGCUGCAGGCCGAGUUGAGGCCGCCCCUGGAGAUGGCCGUGCAGGAGAUAGAGAUGGCGAUGGUCCACAGGGACUACGGCCGCUGGCGGCCCUACAGCAUCAUUGCCGACCCCGCAGUCCGCGGGCCGGACGAGCUGUGA